CAGCACUCAGGUUAAAUAUCGUUAAACCUUGUAACUAGUUGCACUAGCUACCAAAUUAACACUGAUCUGGGAUUUGAAUAAGAUGCCACUUUUCGUUUCAGAAACAGUCACACUUCCUGUGACAAACUGGAUGUGUGAAGAAAAGAUAGGGCCAGGACCCACUAGGGUACUACAGACAACGAAAGGUGAGUCAGGUUGCUUGCAUCCGUAAAGGCAAGCAAAUCAAGCAACCCUUGCAGCUUCUCCCUUCCCUCCGGCUUCCUCUCACACCUGUAGAUUUGAUAUGUACUCUUGUCCUGCUUCAUCUUGGACUCCGACCACCCACCUCUCCGCCAUCAAGCACCUCCCAUGGUCUUGACAUCCCAGAGCACUUUGUAGUAGUCAAGAGGAAUCGUAGCUAGUAGCUAGGAGCGUCAUCUCAUGGAUCCAGCAAAGUACUGGAUGAUAACCAGGAGAAAGCAGGGUGAUCAGAAGGCGCCUGCCGUCUUCAGCACGCCGCACAUCGCCGUCGGCAGCGGCGGCGGCACCUCCUCGGCCACCUACUACGAGUCGUGGGAGGAGCGCGCGUUCGCCCAGGACUCCGCGGGGAGCCUCGGGGGCUGCAUCUGGCCGCCGAGAUCCUACUCGUGCAGCUUCUGCGGCCGAGAGUUCCGGUCGGCGCAGGCCCUCGGUGGGCACAUGAACGUGCACCGGAGGGACCGGGCCCGGCUCAAGCUCUCCGGGAUGGUGGAGGAUGGGGGCGGCGUCGACGUCCAUGGCAUGCCUCUUCAUCAAGGCUACAUGAUCCAGCCGCUGCCAUGCCCUCCUCCAAGACCUAGUGCUCCAAGCACAGAAGCUAACCCUAAUCCAGUACGCAGCUUUCUUUCGGAUCCAGGGAAGUCGUUGGUGGACGCUGCAACUGCAAGAACCAUUUGGGGCAAACAAGUCUUGGCCGCCCCUCUCGCGUCCCCAUCAGACACCCAAGAACAUGGUGAGAAGGAUGUGUUUCUUCGCGACGCCGAGGUACGUUCAGAGCAAGAACUGCGUGCUGGGGCUGGCGAGCUGAAGCUGAGCCUUUUGGGCCGCCGAACAAGAAGUGCCUUUGAGGAUGAUGAUAAAGAAGACGAUGAAAAGAUUGUUCAUCUAUGUCGCAAGAGGAGGAGGAUUGAUCUGGAGGCUACCGAGUUCGUUCUGUCUUCUUCCUCUAGUGAGCAUCUGCAACGUGAUGAUCCUCGUGAUGAUGGCGACGAUGAUAAUCGUCGUGUGAAGGUACUUAAGCUUUGUCCUAGCACCCCGGCCGAGGAACUAGAUCUUGAGCUUAGGCUUUGAGACCAUCCAAAACUAUACUAGAGCCCGUGAUUCCAUCUGCCUGUUUAUUUCUACAACAUUGUACAAGUGCUUGUAUUUAGUUAUUUAUUUUUCUUGCUUUUUAGAAACGUUGGCUUGUUAUUUUACAUUUUUAAUCCUAUUUUGGUCGAUUUAA